AUGUCCAGCCCGAGACUAUACAAGUUGUAUGCUCCACCUACUGGGCCUUUCCGACCCAUCCCCCUAGAGGUAACCGUCUACGGCCCUCACAAUGCCCUCAAAGCCGCAAACUAUGGCGCAAAGCGUCUUCUUCUCUGUCGAAAAGACUCCGCCUGCGUGGGUGGUCUCACCCCUGAGAUCGAAGAGCUCGAGUACCUGAAAGACAAGCUUCAUAUCCCCAUCAGCUGUGUCAUCCGACCCCGUGGAGCUCCUGAUGCUUCUGCUGUCGGCGAGUCUCAAGACUACAUCUACUCAGAGGACGAGUUCGCCGAGAUGUGCGAUUCCAUCCUCAAGCUCAAGGAGACGGGUGUCAUGAACCCUCUUCGUGGCGAUUCUUUCGUCUUUGGAUGUCUGAGCCGAAACCAGGAAGGAUCAACUGAGGCCCUGAAGGAGAGAAUCGUUCUUAACCGAGCUCAAUCUACCCAGCUCGUCAACGCAGCCAAGCCGUACGGAUGUGUCUUCAACCGUGCAUUCGACCACUUCGCCCAAAGCGGAGACUGGAGCGACAUCAUCCCCCAACUCGUCAACAUCGGCUUCACUGGCGUCAUGACAACUGGAGGACCAGGAAAGUUCAACAGUCACGUUGAACUCCUUGGAGCCAUUUGUAAACAGUCUCGGGGCAUCCAACUCAUCAUUGCUGGCGGAUUCCGCUGCCCUGAGGCCCUGAAGCUUCGAGCCUACGCGCACGAGAACAGCGCCAACACCAUCUGGAUCAAUGGCGAUUGUCUUCGUCGCAGGCGCCAUGAUGAUCCAGAGACUGUCGACAUGGACGGCGUCAUGGACAUGCUGGGUCUGCUUGGCCUUCAGGCGACGGAUUAG